GCGGCGGCGGCGGCUGAGCGACCGUUGCGCGCGCGGGCUGAGCGGAGCGAGGCCGGCGGAGCGGCGGAGCGAGCGGCCGGGCAUUAUUUCAAGAAAAAGUGCAGUAGCACCCAGCAUUCCCUGAACUAUGGAUCCCCUGCAGUGAAGAAUGAUGCCCUUGGUAUUGCAAGCACAUCGAAAUGUAUAGAGCAGGGGACACAGUGGAGCGUCCACUUCAUGGGCAGGCGCCCCCUCGCAUGAGGAGUGUGGAAGUGGCCAGAGGAAGAACGGGGUACGGAUUCACCCUUUCUGGUCAGGCGCCUUGUGUGCUCAGCUGUGUCAUGAGAGGGAGCCCUGCAGAUUUUGUGGGCCUCCGUGCUGGUGAUCAGAUAUUUGCUGUCAAUGAAAUCAAUGUGAAGAAAGCGUCCCAUGAGGAUGUAGUGAAAUUAAUUGGGAAAUGUUCUGGUGUCCUGCACAUGGUGAUUGGUGAAGGCAUUGGCCACGUGGAGUCCUGUUCCAGUGAUGAAGAGAUUGGAUUUUAUGAAGGAAAAGGGUGGCUGAAGCCCAAGCUUGAUUCUAAAGCCUUAGGUAUAAAUAGAGCAGAGCGAGUUGUUGAAGAAAUGCAGUCCGGUGGAAUUCUCAGUAUGAUCUUUGAAAAUCCUAGUCUUCGUGCGAGCAAUUCAGAGCCCUUGAAAUUGAAACAAAGAUCCCUUUCAGAGUCAGCCACUGCGCGAUUUGACCUUGGACGUGAAAGUAUAAGUCAUCCGAAUCCUGGCCUGCUUUCUAAGGAGGAAAUAUCAAAAAUGAUUAAUGAUGAUUCAGUUUUCAGUAUCGGACCUGAGAAUCAUGAAGAUUUUGUAGUAGACGCAAGUAUUUUAAACGUUGCCAUGGUCGUAGGCUACUUAGGUUCCAUCGAACUUCCUUCCACAAGCUGCAACCUUGAGUCGGACAGUUUACAGGCCAUCCGUGGCUGCCUGCGGCGCUUGCGAGCUGAGCAGAAAAUCCACUCCCUGGUGACGAUGCGAGUCCUGCACGACCGUGUGCAGCUCUGUACUGACCAGGCGGCUGUUCUGGCCGAGUACCCAGCUGAGAAGCUGGCCUUCAGUGCUGUAUGCCCAGAUGACAGGAGGCUCUUUGGGCUCGUGACCAUGCAGACCAGUGACGAUGGGAGUCUGGCUCAUGAGGAUGAGGGUGCCUUGCGGACUUCCUGCCACGUGUUCAUGGUGGAUCCAGACUUGUUCAAUCACAAGAUCCAUCAGGGCAUUGCUCGGCGGUUUGGGUUUGAGUGCACGGCGGACCCCGACACCAACGGCUGCCUUGAGUUCCCAGCAUCCUCUCUCCCUGUCCUCCAGUUUGUCUCUGUGCUGUACAGAGACAUGGGCGAGCUGAUCGAGGGAGUCCGGGCCCGGGCCUUUGUGGACGGGGAUGCGGAUGCCCACCAGAACACCAGCACCAGCAGCAACAGUGACAGUGGCAUUGGCAACUUCCACCAGGAGGAGCGAAGCAGCCGAGUGCUUGUGGUUGACCUGGGCGCCAGCUCUAGCAGGCACGGCCCCAGCAACAGUGGCUGGGAGGGUGCCGGUGGGAGGAGCUCCCAGCCUUGGGGUGCCCCCUGGAAUGGGGCCUUUUGCCACGACCCCGAAGGGGGCCCCCUGUUUGAGGCCUCUCCACAGGCUGACAGGUGCCGGGACUUCAGUAAGCACUUAGGGUCCACUUCUCACGGAGAGGCUCCCCCUGCCCCCUUGCGGAGUUCAGUGCCGCCUUCCAAGAGGGGUGCCGUGGGCCACGGUGGUAGUUUCGGCCAGCGGUGGCUUCCAGUCCACGUCCUGCAGGAGUGGCAGUGCGGACACGCCAGUGACCAGGAGUCUUACACAGACUCCACCGAUGGGUGGUCUAGUGUCAACUGCGGCACGCUGCCCCCUCCCAUGAGCAAGAUUCCCGCCGACCGCUACAGGGUGGAGGGCAGCUUGGCACAGCCCCCACUGAGCACCCAGAAAAGGGACUGGUCCAGGAAGGCCUUCGGGAUGCAAAACAUUUUCGGUCCCCAUCGACAAGUUAGAAAGACUAAGGAAGACAAAAAGGGCUCAAAAUUUGGGCGGGGAAUCGGACUCACUCAGACUUCUCAACGCACCUCUGCCCGAAGAUCAUUUGGAAGAUCCAAGAGAUUUAGUAUCACUCGCUCCCUUGAUGAUCUCGAGUCUGCAACUGUGUCUGAUGGCGAGCUGACCGGCACUGACCUGAAGGACUGCGUGAGCAACCACAGCCUGAGCAGCAAUGCCAGCCUCCCCAGCGUGCAGAGCUGCAGGCGCCUGCGUGAGAGGAGGGCCGCCAGCUGGGCCGUGUCAUUCGAGCGCCUUCUGCAGGACCCUCUCGGUGUUCGAUACUUCUCUGAUUUCCUAAGGAAGGAAUUCAGUGAAGAAAACAUUUUAUUCUGGCAGGCCUGUGAAUAUUUUAAUCAUGUUCCUGCACACGAUAAAAAAGAGCUUUCCUAUAGGGCCCGCGAGAUCUUUAGCAAGUUCCUGUGCAGCAAAGCCACCACCCCCGUCAACAUUGACAGCCAGGCCCAGCUGGCAGAUGACAUUCUCAGUGCUCCUCACCCCGACAUGUUCAAGGAGCAGCAGCUGCAGAUCUUCAACCUGAUGAAGUUUGAUAGCUACACUCGCUUUCUCAAGUCCCAGCUGUACCAGGAGUGCAUCCUGGCUGAAGUGGAAGGCCGCUCCCUCCCUGACGCACAGCAGGUACCCAGCAGCCCGGCCUCCAAGCACAGCAUCAGCUCAGAGCACUCCAGCGUGUCCACGCCAAAAAAGCUGAGUGGAAAAUCGAAAUCAGGAAGAUCCCUGAACGAAGAGCUGGGGGAUGAGGAUAGUGAGAAGAAGCGGAAAGGAGCCUUCUUCUCUUGGUCGAGGACCAGGAGCACUGGGCGGUCCCAGAAGAAGAAGGAGCAUGGUGACCACACAAACGAGCCCCUGCAUGCCAAUGGAGGCCUGGGCCGCCGUGAGUCGCAGGGCUCCGUGUCCUCUGCGGGGAGUCUGGACCUGUCGGAUGCCUGUAGGACCUUGAUGCCAGAGCGGGACAAGGCCGCCAAGCACUGCUGCAUCCAGCUCCCCGAUGGGACGUCCUGCAUGGUGGUCGUCAAGGCAGGCUUAUCCAUCAAGGAGGUCCUGGCUGGGCUCUGCGAGCGACAUGGCAUCAACGGGGCUGCCGUAGACCUCUUCCUGGUGGGCGGGGACAAGCCUCUGGUGCUGCAUCAAGACAGUAGCAUCUUGGAGUCUCGGGACCUGCGGCUAGAAAAGCGGACUUUGUUUCGGCUGGAUCUAGUUCCAAUUAACCGGUCAGUGGGACUGAAGGCCAAGCCGACCAAGCCCGUCACAGAAGUACUGCGGCCCGUGGUAGCCAAGUAUGGCCUGCAGCUGAACGAGCUGGUGGCCAGGCUGAGUGGAGAGAAGGAGCCCCUGGACCUUGGCGCCCCCAUAUCAAGUCUGGAUGGGCAGAGGGUCAUCUUGGAGGAGAAGGAGCCUUCCAGGGCAAAAGGAUCCACAGAUAAACAGAAAAGUGCACCAGCCAAACAGAAUAUAGCUGUAAAUUCCAGUUCCAGAAAUCACUCGGCUACGGGAGAGGAGAGAACGCUAGGCAAGUCUAAUUCUAUUAAAAUAAAAGGAGAAAAUGGAAAAAAUGCUAGGGAUCCCCGGCUUUCAAAGAGAGAAGAAUCUAUUGCAAAGAUUGGGAAAAAAAAAUAUCAGAAAAUUAAUUUGGACGAAGCAGAGGAGUUUUUUGAGCUCAUUUCCAAAGCUCAGAGCAACAGAGCAGAUGACCAGCGCGGGUUGCUGAGGAAGGAGGACCUGGUGCUACCCGAGUUUCUGCGCUUACCUCCCGGCCCCAUGGAGCUUGCCCUUUCCUCACCGAGCGCGGCCAAGAGCUUUGGCAAGAGGAGCUUGACGGGCAACGGCAAGGAGAAGGCUCUCCAGCCCCAAGAGGCAUGGGGGCCCGGCCAAGACUUCCGCGAAAGCCCAGCAACAAGCCCCAGCUCGGCUGACAGCACCCCGUUCAGCGCCCCCCUGACCCCCUCGCCCCCAACACAGGAAGCUGAGGCCGGGGGUGUCCAGACCCUGGAGGGCGAACAUGUGGCCGACCUGACGCUCACAGGGGAGGGGGACAUGAGCAGCCCCAACAGCACUUUACUGCCGCCAACCCCCACCCCGCAGGACUCGGCCGGACCUCCAAGACCAGACACGCCGGGAGUUCGUGGGCACCCUCUGGCAUUUCCCGUCCUGGGAAGGACCAACUGGGGAGGAGGCGGGGCCAGAGGCAGCCAAGGCCUCCCAGUCAACACCAUCAUCGACGUGGACCGUGUGGCUGGCUUGGCACCCGGGCAAGUCAGCAGCAUUCCCAGGGUGCGGACAGGUCCCCAGAGGUCACAGGCCAGUGGGCCCCUGACAUCAGAGCUCCCCAGCCUGAGCCCCGUCCCAGCUGGGCCUACCAAGCUCAAGGCCAGCCCGCACCAUGCAACCUUCGUCUGAGGCCACCUGAAGCCCCAUCCCCACUGGCUGUCCCUCCUGCCGCCGCAUCUGAGCUGCCUCACCUGGACACGUGUGGAGGCCUGUGGUCUCGUGGGGACAGCCCCAUAUCACCUGGAGGGCCUUGGAGGGGCCAUAUUGGCCACCACGCCUUUGGGAGCCAAACUAGGCGAGGGCAGAGUGGCCUAGCCUUGGACGCUCGCCAUGGCUGGCUCAGAGGGCUCCUCAGACCCUGCCCUGCUGCCCCUCGGCCUCUAGCCUUCCCUCAAUAAAUCAACUUUGGGGA